CUGUAUGGGAGCACUACCAAAGCACCUAGAUACUUACUCUUAAGUACGAAGUACUAGUAGUAGCCUGGAGUCCCGCCAACCCAGCCCUUUAUCUAAUCUCCGCAUUAAACAAACCCAACCAACCAACCAACCACGUUUCCUCUUCACCAAAUCUCCACCCUCCCUUAACCAUCUUUCAGUUCUCCAACUCAACUGGAAAACAACUUCUCCUCAAUCACCCAAACUUUCCCCCGCAAAAGGAUCCAUACAAAACCAAUAUGCGUCUCUCAAUCCUCCCCACUCUCCUCUUCUCCCUUGCCCUCGUCAACGCCGCCGAGCUCGGCAUCGAAAAGACCCACGAGGUAGAAUGCACCCGCAAGACCGUCAAAGGCGACACCGUCCACAUGCACUACAAGGGAACUCUCCAGUCCGACGGCUCCGAAUUCGACUCUAGCUACAAGCGCAACUCGCCGUUGAAGUUCAAGGUUGGAUCCGGCAUGGUGAUUAAGGGGUGGGACGAGGGUCUUUUGGAUAUGUGCAUUGGUGAGAAGCGGACGUUGACUAUUCCCCCUGAGUAUGGCUAUGGGUCUCGUGGGGUUGGGCCUAUUCCUGGCGGUGCGACUUUAAUCUUUGAGACGGAGUUGGUGGGUAUUGAGGGUGUUAAGAAGGACGAAUUGUAGAUUUAGGUUUGAGGCUAGGGGUGGAUUGUUCGAUUGAGAGACUGUUAGUCCGUAAUUGAUUGCUACUCUUUGGUACUUUCAUGGAGGGUAGAUAAACACAAUGACCUCUAUUCUCUGUAUAUCGAUGUAUUCUUGUUCUGUAU